ACCUCGGGACGGGCGAUGGACUCCACCGCCUCCACCGCCUCCACCGCCUCCACCGCCUCCACCGCCUCCACCGCCUCCACCGCCUCCACCGAUGUGGCGGCGACCGCCGCGGUGACCCGGCGCCGCCGUCCCCCGCGGUCGCGGCCGGGCACCGGCGUCACCGCCGCCGCCGGCGUGCUUGCCGACGCCACCGCCGCCUUGGCCAACCGCUCACCGCCGGCGCCCGCUCCCGGCGGCCUGGCCUCGCCCGUGUCCACGCUGGCGUACCACCUGGGCAGCUGGCCGGGCAUCGGGACUCCUCGCAAGAGGCUGGAGCUGCUGGCGGUGACUCCCCCCACGCCUCCUCCGCUAGGCCUCACCCAGCGCUCCACCUCAACCCUCUCGGAGGGGUCCGAUGCUGGUCUCUGUCUCGACUCCCCAGACUCUCAGAACGAUGAAGACUCAUUCAGGUUGUUCAAGGCCCUGGCUAACUUUGGAGGUGGAGAAAGGAGGUCUGCGAUGAGGAGAGUUCACUCCCUCCCUAUUCAUCUGCUGGGGAACAGCCCGGCCUUGGCGGGCCCCCCAAACCGGCCACAGCCGCUUCUGUCAACGCCACCGUCGGCAACAGACGACGACUCGCCUCCCCCCUCCUCCUCCUCGCUGUCGUCCUCCGCCUACUGCUCCUGCUGCCCCCCGGCCUCGGGGGACACGGCCGACGACAAAGAAAACUUCUACUUCAAGAAGCCUCUACCGCCCCUGCGGCUGAACCACCUGGGCCACGGUCAGCGGGACGCACGGAGACACACGUCAGCCCCAGCGCUGAUGGUCCAGCCGGUGCCGGAGGACAACCACGCUGAGGAGGAGGAGGAGGGUGAUGAUGAGGAGCAGGUUGCCCGCUCGGCACCAGCCCGGGGCCAGUGCCGGAGGAGUUCCGCGGCCGCGGCGGCGGCGUCACCGGCGGAGGGGGCGGCCGCCGCCGGUGACGCCGGUGAAGCCCCCAGCGCCGUGGACGUGGGGGACGACGGCUUCCUGGAGUUCCCCUGUAGCCCCGGCAAGGACACGGAGGCGAUGGUGGUUGACAGCCCCCGAGGGAUCUGCACUCUGAUCAACGCCCCCCUCGUUUCACACACCCUGAGCCACACCCCCACCGGGAGCCGCCAUCGCCGCCAGCGCUGCCUCUUCCGCUCGCCCUCCACGCCCUCCAUGGGCAGCUCCCGGGCGGCUUGGGCGGCGGGGGUGGCCCCGGACGUCCGGGCGGUGCCCUUCGCCGAGAAGCAGCAGCAGCAGCAGGAGGCGGUGCAGGCGGUGCAGGCGGUGCAGGCGGUGCGGUGCAAGCGGGCCGAGCGAACGCCGGGCGGAACGCCGGGGAGGAGCAAGCGUCACCGCGGAGACGGCGGUGGUGGUGGUGGUGGUGGUGGUGGGGACGGAGAGGAGCCGGAGCGAGGGGGCGGCGCCAGCAGUGUACGCAGGAAGUCCAUGUCAGCCUGCGAUGACAUCACUCUGCUUCUGGAGGUCUCCCCGGACCGCUCUCUGAUUGGGGACUUCACCAGGCCACACGUGUUACCCCUGGUGUCUGGAAAGGAUGAGAGCCUCAAGUACGUCUCGGCUGACACGCUGAGCCUGUUGCUGACGGGGGAGUUCAGCGACGCCGUUGAACGCUUCCUCGUCAUCGACUGUCGCUACCCCUACGAGUUCCAUGGGGGCCACAUCAAGGGAGCGGUGAACGUGGUGACGGAGGGCGAUGCUCUGAGCCAGCUGCUCGUGAGCCCACUGCACCCCUCGGAGCCCCGCAAGCGAGUCGUCCUCGUCUUCCACUGCGAGUUCUCCUCCGAGAGGGGGCCCCGCAUGUGCCGCUUUGUGAGGUCGUCUGACCGGAACGGGAACCCCUACCCACGCCUGCACUACCCUGAGCUGUACGUGCUGCACGGGGGCUACCGCGCCUUCUACCCCACGCACACGGUGAGCGGCGGGGUGAGCGGCGGGGCGAGUGGCGGGGUGAGCGGCGGG